AUGCUCACCAUGAAAAGGUUACCAAACGAUUCAUUUCUGCCCUCGGGCGGCAUUGACUCGUUCGACCGUUCAAUAUCACAAUUCCCUCACUUGAAUGGCCAUUCAAACUCUACGAUAUCGCCUUUAUCGUUAGCACAGUCCAUAAGCCAGCCUUAUUUCGAUAUACCGCGAUCAAACCACGCCUCUCCGUCCUCUCCACCUGCAACACAAGGUCCCCGGCAAUAUCUCUCCCCGGACUACAACUCUUUGUCGACACCAACCAGAGGAAGCCCCGGUGCUAUUAUCGCUUCCCCAUUAAUAGAACCUAUCAAUUCUGGGACAAUGUCGCCCUUCGAACACCUGAGCCCCCAAGCUGCUGCGACCCUACUCCAGCGUAGAGACGAUCACAACCGGAGGCUACGAGAAUGCUGGGAGGCCGAACGUACACAUUUAGAAGCUAGUCGAGCUCGAGCCGAGGAGAUGUUCCGGGAAGAACGCACUCUCAUGGACGAAGAGCGAUUGAUUUGGGCAGAACAAAAGGCUGAAUUGGAGAAUGAGAUUUUGAAGUGGAAACAAAACAAAGAAGCCGCCGAAGCUGAGGUACUCAAACUGACGGAGCUCCUGAAAAGCAAAAGCACGUCUAAUGGGCACGCCAAAUUCGGUAGGGCCCUUGAUGGAGCUGCCGAUGAUGUUUUAGGAAGCCAGGGACAUGGUAAUACUGCAGGUCCUAAGCUCGGUGGUACAUCGUCUUCUACGUUUCAAACCCCUUCUGAUGGGAUUUCACCCAGUAGUUUACCACCUGGGCGAUCAUCUACCAUACCCAAGUCAAACCCGUUUGAGCCACUUGAUCCACGAAUGCAAAGCGCAUCGCCCACAAAUCCCCCUACUAGCAAAGAGAAAGAGCGAGUUCCGUCGAUUGAAAUUAAUGAGAUUAUGCCCGGCCUUGAAGGCGUUCGAUUAAAAGCUCCAGCAGUCCAGAAAUCUACGUUUGAUGACAGGAAUCAGCGAUCGUCUACAUCUGCAACUAGCAGAAUUUUCUCACCUGACACCAAGAAAUGCGUGUUCGAAGUGCAGUCUUACGUUUCACCUGCCGUGAUGACUCAAGAAACUCUGAAGGCUCCUGAGCACCAUAGACUUACGAUGCACGCUGGACAUACGCCCAACCAUUCCAUGUCCUUUUCCAAUCUGCCGACAAUCGAGUCUACUGCCGGCAACACAGCUGGGAGUACCGGGACGUGCACGCCGACAACUUCUAGUGACCCACAGAGAGUACAUGGCAAUGACACACUUGGCCAAGGCAGGGUAGAGACCAUUGCUGGCGCUGACCAAGAUGAGACUGCCAUAUCAGGAGCAGUUAUAUACGAACCUAGUGACGAUCCGGCGCUGAAGGGGCCCUUGUGCCUUAAAAACCGACCAGCUGCUGAUGAAGUGUUUCUAAGGAGGCUUUCGGAUAAGCUCGAAGAAGUCAAGGCUACUGAAGCCACACCAUCUGUCCUUAAUGAGUUGAUAACUAGGGCUCCAACAGAGGACCAGGCGGACCUCAAGGCUGGUCGCCUCACUGAGGACGAAAUCAUUGAUCGGGAAUCAGAAGACACGCUCGAGGAAGUGGAAGAAGAUGUUCCCCUCAAGUUAAAAGCGAGCAGUAAUUUCGGCCAGCCUCUAGGUCAAGUGCGGCGUACGUCCGGCUUUUGAAAGGGAUUCGCGAAACCGAUGCCGGUGAAUACUACGCAUCCUACUCACGCGCACAGUCAUCCCUCAUACCACUAAUCCUCCACGAUUAUUCCAUUUG